AGUAUCAUGGGCUGGUAUCACUCAAAAUAGAGGAUGGCACCUCGUCAGCUAAACCAAACAAGAAGGCUCAUGUGUCAGUAAAUAACCAAGAACAACCAGAAAUGUAUGUCACCUCCUCUAGGAAGAAAGAAAUCCCACAAGCUGAUAAGGCAGAACUAGCAUCUGAACCAAGCUCAAGACAUCAGGACUUUUACUCUUUUCCAAAGGCCUGUACUCCAGAUUUAAAAGGUCUCUUGCAUUAUGAAGAAAGCACUCAAAAGUUAUUUCAGUGUGAUGGGAUAAUAUGGAAAUUCUGGAAUUCCCAAAGCAAGGAGGUAAGCAUGAAGAAGUGUCCCUCUGGAUGGAGCCAUCACGAAGGCAGCUGCUACUUCCUGGUAGUGAACCACAAAGUCAGCUGGAACGCUGCUGCUCGAGCUUGCAGAGAGCAAUACCUGGGGAGUCUAGCAAGCGUGGCUAAUGAGCAACACAUGCAGUGGCUGUGGGACUUCAGCGGGAGGAAGCCCUUUUGGAUAGGCUUGAAUGACCAAGUCAAUCCUGGACACUGGGAGUGGAAUGGAGGAGAACCUGUAACCUACAUAAACUGGAGAAGAGGGUCCUACCAGUUUCCAAAGAGAGGAAGAAAUUGUGUAUUGGUGCAGAAGCGAGGAAAAUGGCAAGCAACUGACUGCAGGAACGUCAAACGGAACAGCUACAUAUGUUCAAGAAAGCUGUAA